AUGAAUGCUUUAGAUUCAGUUAUGCAGCAAAAAACAUGGGACCUGUCAACGACGGAUCUCUCCCGCGAACUAUGGCUGGUGGCGUGGGUAGUCCGCGUCGGGCGCUGGGCAGGCGCUGGUGGAAGCGGCAGCGGCACUGGCGAGCGGCGCGGCCCCGUGGCUAGGCGCCCGCUUGGCGCUGGCGUGUUACCUCUGACCGAGUUCCUGAGCGGCACCGGCGAGCGGCGCGGCCCCGUGGCUAGGCGCCCGCUUGGCGCUGGCGUGUUACCGCUGACCGAGUUCCUGAGGCAACCGGUGCAGGGAUCGACGGAGAAAGAAUACACUUUCAAGGUAUACCAAAGCGAAGAAAAAGACUUUCAUCAAUUACACGACAUGCUCAUUCGGAAGCAGACCAACAAAUGUAAUGUUUUACCGGGACAACCAAAUUAUGGCAUAGUAGUAGCAAUACGACUACUAACCAACGCCGGUAGCAUCAACGAAGCUGUCGCUUCAGGCGCGACGGUCACAGCGAAACGGGGCUUCCCUGACGUCAUUAUGCCCGGAGAUGUCAGGAACGAUCUUUACCUGACUUUAGAAAAGGCCGAAUUUGAAAGAGGAGGGAAGAGUACAGCGAAAAAUGUGCUCGCUACUGUCACAGUGCAUGAUAAUACGGGACAGACUAUCAGUGAUUGCGUAUGGGGAGCAAGCGGUAGUGGAGCGACACUGUACGAGUCCCUCGUACUGUACCACAACAACAGUCCAGCGUGGGGCGAGCAACUUCGCCUCACAGUGCCGCUAGAAACCUUCACACUGGCGCACGUUCGAAUCGAGUUUAGACAUUGUUCAACACGUGAUAAGAAUGAGCGAAAACUAUUCGGGUUCUCUUUCGCACGUCUGAUGGAGGCGAGCGGCGCGACGCUAAGAGAUGGCGCUCAUGAGCUCUACGUUUAUAAAUGCGAUGAUCCCAGCAAACUAGCAACAGCGAGCUACCUGUCGCUUCCGUCGUGUAGCACUGACGCAGCCCGCACACCGACCAACGGCGUCGUGGUGUCUUUCCAAAGAAGUUCCAAAGAAAACUGUACUAUUAGCACGCUUCUCUGCUCAACUAAAUUGACACAAAAUGAAGACCUACUGGCACUUUUACAAUGGCGGGCGCGUCCAGAAAAAGUACAAGAAACGCUUCUUCGGGUACUUCGACUGGGCGAUGGACUCAGUUGCGAAGAACUUAUCAAAUUCCUUCGAGACGUACUUGACGCGCUGUUUGCGCUCUUUUCCACCGAAGAUGGGAACAGUACACCUCACUCAGGAACUGUGUUCUUGGUGCUAGUUUCGAUCUGCAGUCUGUUGGACGAGAGCCGUUUCCAGCAUUUCAAGCCUGUGCUGGAUGUUUACAUUGAAGAGCACUUCUCAGCUGCUUUAGUGUACAAAGGCCUCCUAUCCUCAGUACAGCACUGUGCCGAAUGGGCGGCCGGCGCCGAAGGCCAGGAACCAAUCAGGAAGUGUCUUCGCUCCCUUGGCGCGGUAUUCCGACUUGCCGUGCGCUCCCGUCGACUGUUCGCGAGAGCUACCGGCGGACAGUAUGAAGAUAGCUUUAGAAGAGAUGUGCGGGCGGCCUUACAUGCGCUUAAGGCAUUAGCUCAGCAUCCACAUAGAGAUCAUUUAGCGCCUGCACAGGUGGCCCUAAUGACAUCAUGGGCAAGCGUAGCCAAGAAGUAGCUUCAGCUCUCGGGCCGGUAGAAGCGGCCCGCGUGACGGCAUCCAUGCUGGACGCACCCGCGGCCAACUCACCACCGGCGCUAGCCAAAGCUCG